CUUCCGCGUGGCCAGCAGACUCCUCAUCCGGCGGAGCGACGUUGUAUCGACGCUGCGAACAAAAAGUUACCACACGGCUCCACUCCACCCGGCCAGCGCGAGGAAAGACAUGCAUAUCAAAACAGGUUCAUGGGAGGCCAGUAACACCGUGUGCGAGUCCGACACCCUGUGCGAUCCAGCGGUCCUUGUUUCCGCCACCAACUCAGAACCACACAUUCGCAACAGGCGCCUGUCACCUGGCUCGGGGAACUGCAGCGGCGGGGGCGGGGGUUGCAUUGCCGGUGUGGACCAAACCCCCCGUCAGCAGCUUUCGCCCGGAGCCCCGGAGAGCAGCCUGAACGGACCCCACACACACGCCUUCGCCUUCCGCAGGGAAAAGGAGCGCAGGGGUCAGCACAAGGGUCGCGGCCUGCGCAGGGAAGCCCCGAAGGCAGCCGGCCGAGCCAACGACAGAGCGCAGAAGCUGAACCAGAAAGAGAGGUGGGUGGAGGACAGCCUGUCGCUGCUCAAGCCUCCGCCCGCCUUCCCGGUGCAGGACAGCCCCGCUAAGCUGCAGCCCGCUGUCAGCUACGCCUCCAAGGUGAAGGCGGGCGCUGCAUCCGGCACGCUGGAGGAGGACCGCCCAGCCAUCGGGGUGCUGCUACAGAACCAGUGGGGCCUGAGUUUCAUCAGCGAGGCGAGACCCGCGGCGGCGCUGGACGGCCCGGGCUCGCUCCCCGCGGGUCCGGCGGCGCCGCCUCUGCCCACAGAACCAAAAGAGCCCAGCGAACAGCCGACAGAGACAGGCUGCACGGGUAACAUGCAGGGGGCGGAUUCGGCGGUUCCGGCCACGGCCACACGCACCUUAGGCCCGUGUCCUGAUGCAGACGAGACUAACGGGGAGCUGCUGCUUAGCUGUCGCCACCUGGUGGAGGCCUGGAACUAUCACAAUCGGGAAUGGAACGCUGUCCUAAACAAACUAAAAGAUCCGAAAAGGGUGGUCUGGUUCAAAGACACCCUGGAGCAGCCCGCCUAGCAGUGUGACACCCUCCACACAAACACACACACAUGCAACACACACACACACACAGGGGACAACAAACGUAUCUAAUCAUACCUGCAAACACACACACACACACACACAUUAACACUGAAUGGCGGACAAAUUUUAAAGUCCCAUUUGCGCACACACACACACACACACUGCACUCAGGAUGAUGUCUUCACAAAAAAAGCCACACUGAGACACUUUGGACUAACUUUGAGAUCUACAGCAAUGGACUUUUUUUUUUUUUUUUAAAUUGGUUUUUAAACGCCUUACAGAAGCCUGCCUUAAGUAAUCGGACCUCUUUCCAUCGCCUUUCAUGACGAUUUUUAGCUUCAUGUAGUGGUCGUCCUUAUUUUUUAAAGGGUCGUUUAAUGAGCUGUCAUCUAGUUUCUUUUAUUGUCCCCCACCCCACCCCACCCUCCCCCCAUCCCCCACCCCCACCUGUCCUCUGUAACGCGAGUGGUCAAUCAAGCACUUUGUGGAGAAAAAGAAUCCGUUGUGACCAAUCCCUGUGCAGCCCUCACCGGAGAGAUUUAUCCAGUUUGUUUCUCCUUCCUAUCUCCUCCUCCUCCUCCUCCUCCCCCCUCCUUCGAGAACGUCUCGUACCGCGCUACUGCUUCGCUGUCGAGGGACGGCUCGUGACCGCGUCUUCGGUUUACAUGUGAUGUCAGCAGCACAGUAGGAUUCACCUUUGACCCGUCUCACAUCUUAAUGCUUUCCCCCCCCCCCCCCUCUUCCUCUGGUGGGUGAAUGUGAUGCUGAGUCCAUAAGGGAUCUCAUGUGUUCAGUAUGUUGAUUUAUUUUUCUUUUUUUUUUUUUUUUGUUUCGUUUUUGGAAAAUAUAUAGCAAGAUAGAAAAAUGACACUGGAGGAGGAAUGUAAGUGAACAGUAUUGCUUAAUAAAAUUGAAUAAACUUGAGAAGACUGUUUUUCUUUAACGGGUGUUUAAAUCCUAUGUGGGCUUGGCCCUUGUGUUGAGAGAAGCAGUUAAAAAUUAACUGAAGGGACUUUACAAAAAAAAAAUUGUUUUUUUACUUCAUUUCUUAAUAUAGAAGUGUUUCUAGUUAGUAGUUCACAUUAUGAGAAUCUGACACAUUUGUGAGUUAUUAAUCAGAACACAGCCACGGAUGUUUCAGCGACACACCUGAGAAGGAAACCUGCAGAGGAAGAACAUC